UUCAGUUGAAUGGCUGAUUUAGGCCCAUGCAGGCUGAUCUCCCCGCCCGUGCAGACGCACAAAGGGGUGCAGAGAGCGCGCGCCCAGGGGAGCACAUCUCCUCUGGGCUAAAACUCACCAUCCCUGGAGGAUGGUUUCAAGGUGGCCAGUCCCUGAGCCACAUCAGCAGCCCGCGUGGGAAGGGGCUGUUGUUUCGCGCACCAGCCCCUGGUAAUUUGGCGAUCGCGGCUCGGGCCAGGGGGGAGCGGAGGAGUUUUGCCCCCCGGCUGCAAGGAGACAAGGCGGCGGGAUCUGCCCACCCCGCGGGGCUGGUCCCUGGGGAGCGAUCGCGUUGCAAUGUGACUCCAUGAAACUGACACGGGCUGUAGCGCCAUCAGCAAAGGGAGGAGCGCGGGGAGGGGGCCCCGGCCAGAGCCCAGCGUGAGCAGCCUCCAGCAGCGGCGUCUCUCCAGGAGCCGAGCCCCAGCCCACUCCGGCCGCAGCGCCCCCGCUCCCCGGCAGAAGGCAUGGAGGACGGUCAGGAGAUGUCCCCCUCCUCAACCAAUUCCUCCGAGGGGCUCAGCCCGGCCCUGCCGCUCACCAAAGGGAUGUCGAUCUUCCUCGAUAUAUUGAGAAGAGCAGACAAAAAUGAUGAUGGCAAACUGUCUUUUGAGGAAUUCAAAGCCUACUUUGCUGAUGGAGUUCUGAGUGGAGACGAAUUGCACGAGCUUUUUAACACCAUUGAUACACACAAUACUGACAACCUUGACACAGAAGAACUCUGUGAAUAUUUUUCUCGGCAUUUGGGAGAGUAUGAAAAUGUGCUGUCUGCCUUAGAAGAUCUAAAUGUUUCUAUACUGAAGGCAAUGGACAAAACAAAGAAAGACUAUCAAAAGGCCUCUAACUUGGAACAGUUUGUGACUCGUUUCUUACUGAAAGAAACAUUGAAUCAGCUGCAGUCUCUCCAGAACUCCCUGGAUUGUGCCAUGGAAACCACAGAGGAGCAAACUCGUCAAGAAAGACAAGGACCAGCAAAACCGGAGGUGCUCUCAAUUCAGUGGCCAGGAAAACGUUCAAAUCGAAGAUUUCAGAGGACCAAUAGCUUAUCACCAAACAGUCCCCAUUUAAAUACAGGUUUCUUAGAGGAAGACAACCAAUGGAUGACCCAGAUAAACAGACUCCAGAAGCUGAUUGACAAGCUGGAAAAGAAGAAUCUAAAGCUUGAGCCACUGGAAGAAGAGGUUUUGGAAGGAAACACAAAAUCUCAGAGCCUCAAUGCACAAGAAAUAAUAACAAGACCUAAAAGAGCUUUCUGGGAAGAGGGAGUAUCACCAAACUGGGAAGACAUGAGAAAAUACCCAUUAUUUAGAGAUAAUAAAGAGAUAGUGAAUCAUAAAAAUAAAGAAACUAAGAACAUAUCCAGAAAUGAACACAAAUUACAACACAUAAUGAUUGUUCAGCGUCAAAUGUCUGUGCUAGAGGAAGAACUAGAAGAAUUCCGACUCGCUCUGAAACAGUAUGUGGAAUCUGCUUCUACUCGGACUGGAUGUUUGCAUGUUUCCAUACAGAAGCUUUCAAGCGAAUGCCGCUUCAUCAUUUAUGAGUUCUGGGAGAACAGCAGUGCCUGGAAUAGUCAUCUCCAGAUGAAUUACAGCAAGACAUUCCAAAGGAGUAAUGUGGACUUCUUGGAAACUCCAGAACUCAUGACAACUAUGCAAGUACCUGCUUCAUGGUGGGUCCUGAACAACAACUAGAAGCUUUCAUUGUGGGUUCAAGUAAUGGUAAAUGUUAUAUUUGCAUUCAAACAACAUCCAUACACCAGGCGACAGGUGCUACAGCUAAUGGACUGUGAUGUAACAUUGUUUAUCACAGGCACAAUCUUUUCCAUUUUAAAAUAUGGAAAAAUUAUGUAUGCUUUAUAUUCUCUCCUUGUGACUAUUUUGGUGAAACAUUUUUUACACGCUUACAUAAGGGCACCUGUGGCCCUGCUAAAUUGCUAGAUGCAUGUGUGUGUGUGCUCAAGCCAGCCAAAUUAUUGUACAGAAAUGUGUCUCAGAGAAAUGGUCAGCGUAUGUGAGUGUUAAGUACUUGUUUUGACUGGUUUUAUCUUUAUGUUAAAUAAAUAGUUACUCCAA